GAAAUCAGUGUCGUGAAUCGUAUCACAUCUUGAGUUGAGUGAAUCGUUAUAUUCCUACUUAUGAGCUGAACGUGGUGUCAGUCUUAAUUUUACACUUGACUAACAUUUCUGGCUUUCGAUGGAUUCGAUCACUGCAGAAAAUGAAGUGUGUGUGUGUUGUAAGGCUGGUUUAGUGACGGAUGCUGUAAGUUGAUGUGCUGUUGACCAGCAGCUGUGCGCAUUCACAGAGCUUGAGCUAUUAUUGUCCUCGCUGGACUCCAGUAGGCUCUGCUUGAGCGAGCUGACAGGAAUGUGGCCUGGAAACAUUCCCACCGCAUGCAUUCAAAUACGACCCCAGCUAGUGGACAAGAAGUGCGUCACGGUCUGGAUGGAUUCUUUAUGUAAAGGCCGCUCGCUCCCAACACGUUCAGACGCUGACCUCUGCUCACAGGGAGUCCGAAGGGGGCUAGCCUCUCUAUGCCCACAUCACAGUUUCUUCAGUUUCACCGCGUCCAGCGGCGCGUCUUCAUGUCUUUGUCCGGCGCUGUCCAGCUCGACAUGGAGGUCACCUGACAGUCUCAUGUUGUUUUGUGAAUUUAGUUCAUUGCUAUUCUUAGCAGCGCUCUGUGCUGAGGAAGAGCGAGCCGCGGGCUGGGGAGGAUGGGAACGCGCACGGGUGCAAAUGCUCCGAUGCCCAGCUGGUCGUCACCGGAGCUGGACCCCAGCCAGAUCCGUCUCAUCGUCUACCAGGACUGUGAGCGGCGCGGCAGGAACGUCCUUUUCGACUCGGAUGCCAGAAAGAGAAGCAUGGAAGAUGCCCCGGUCACGAGGGUGUGUGGAGAGGCACAGGCGAAGAUGUUUGGGAAGUGUUGUCAGCUGAGGCCUACAGGCGGCAGCUCCAGUUCUCUGGACAGCAGCUCGUCCUGCGCCUCCGAGCCCAAAGAACAAAACCGCUUCCAGGGCUCCUCACGGUGCUCAUCAGACGCUAACAUGCUCGGAGAAAUGAUGUUCGGCUCGGUGGCCAUGAGCUACAAAGGCUCAACGCUGAAGAUCCACCAGAUAAGAUCUCCUCCGCAGCUGAUGCUCAGUAAAGUGUUUACAGCGAGAACGGGCGGCAGCGUCUACGGCAGCCUGAACACACUGCAGGACAGUUUAGAGUUCAUCAGUCAGGACUCCGGCGCGCUGCGGCCCGAGCAGAACACUGCCGCCAAUGGCUUCCUGGGCAGCAUAGGUUUCUCUCAGCUCUGCAGCCCGCGCCGGGCGCUCUCAGAGCAAGGCCCUCUCCGUCUCAUCAAGAGUGCCUCUUUCUUUUCAGGACACAGUAACCCCAUGGACAUGCCAGGCCGAGGACUGUAUGAUGACAGAGACAGCGGCAUCGCCCGCUCCGCGUCUUUAAGCAGCCUGUUGAUCACCCCGUUUCCAUCGCCGGGCUCCUCUCUCACCAGCAGCUGUGCAAGUAGCUACCAGCGGCGCUGGUUACGCAGCCAGACCACCAGCUUGGAGAACGGUGUCUUCCCUCGAUGGUCUGUGGAGGAGAGCUUCAACAUGUCUGAUGAGAACAGCGGGCCGAGUCUGGGCGUUGCCAGGAAGAAGAAGAUCGCUAUCGGUGUCAUCUUCCUGCUCUCGCCCAACGAGGAAGAAAACGCCAAGUUCCAGGACUUUUUCUUCUCUCACUUUCCGCUGUUUGAGAGUCACAUGAACAAACUCAAAAGUGCCAUUGAGCAGGCUAUGAUACUGAGCCGCAGAUCAGCUGAUGCCAGCCAGAGAGCUUUGGCUUACAGUCGCAUGGUGGACGGCCUCAAUGAGUUUAGGACGACCAUCUGCAACCUGUACACCAUGCCACGUGUGUCUGAGCCUGUCUGGCUCACCAUGAUGUCCGGUCCACCUGAAAAGAACCAGCUUUGUGGCCAGUUCAUGAGGGAGCUGGCCCUGCUCAUGGAGCAAGCCUCCAAGAACCAAUUCCUCCCAGCGCUUCUCACUGCGGUUCUCACAAACCAUCUCGCUUGGGUUCCCACGGUCAUGCCCAACGGUCAACCACCCUUAAAGAUCUUCCUGGAGAAGCACUCCUCACCGAGUGUGGACAUGCUGGCGAAAACACAUCCCUACAACCCACUCUGGGCACAGCUUGGUGACCUGUACGGGUCAAUCGGCUCACCUGUGCGUCUGUCCCGUACGGUGGUGGUUGGCAGACGACAGGAGCUGGUGCAGCGUCUUCUCUAUGUGCUGACCUACUUCAUCCGCUGCUCAGAGUUACUGGAAACGCACCUGCUGGAGAGCGCCGUGGACGAGGCCAUCGUGAUACCCGGCUCGCUCAUCACUACGUUGCUGCGCCGCGGAGAGGUGGAGGAGUCCGACUACGUGCUGGUCACCGUGCACAAGCCGAGCCAAGACUACCUGUCUCCGGGUGCCGAGGCAGAGGACGGCUACCCCUCUGAUGACAACAGCUUACAGAGCAGCACGUACAUGGACACAGAGGCCCCAGACGAGCACAAGCGUCCGCAUCCCACCAUACCAGAGGCAGACCUCGUCAGAGACGUGCCCGUUUGCAGAGAGGCGGGGAGUCCACAGCUCGAGACUCGACUGGAAACCGUGGUCAAAGUCGGCUCCAACUCGCCGUGCGAGAGAAGAGCCUCGCUCGAGGUUCAAGGGGAUGUGCGGCCCGAGGUGGAAUCUGGUGGCGUGCCCAUCAGGAUCUUCCAUCCAUCAGAUAUCCUGCUAGAGAAGAAGCCCCCUGACAAGAGCUUUGAUAACGCCGGGAACGAACCCUCCGCUAAAGUCACAUUCCUCAUCGGAGACUCGAUGUCUCCUGAAUCUGACAUGGAGAGUCGACAGCAAAAGCUGGAGGAGGAGAUCAAGAAACACAAGAAGCUUCUCAAAGACAACCAGCAGAAGCAGUGUAACGGUGAGGCUAAACUUCAAGUGGACCAAAUCAAGACCAACGACAGCAAAACAGGCUCGUUUGUAUCGUCCUUCACUAGCAAGACGUCUCAGUGGUGUCCAAGAGUGCAAGGGGACUGCGUGGACAUGUUUGACGAGUAUUUCAGUGAUGACAAUCCAGUGGAGACGAGGACUAUUGGUGAUGUCUACCAAACAAAUGCACAAACGGGGAUGAAAGGCAUAGGAAAAGAUGCCCCAAACCUGCAAGGCUGCCAAGUUAGGGCGCACAGACAGACCUGCAAGCGGCUGGACAAAGACGGGUGUAAGUGCGACGCAGGAGACGUCAGCGCGGGCUGCUGUAAAACCUGCUGCUCUGCCGAGCAGGACAAGGGGAUCGAGAUGUCGCUGAGUGUCCCUUCACAAGGCACCGUUGGGGAGAAAAAGAAAGUCCCGCUGAACGACUGGGAGAUCCCACGCAACGAGAGCUCGGACAGCGCGCUGGGGGACAGCGAGAGCGAGGACGCUGGACAGGAGCUGCCCAGGCAAGAGCCCGAUGGGCUGUUUUACGGUGACGAGCAGACCGACUGGCAGGAUGAGCUCGAGGUGCCUUUACCUGGGGCGAAGCUGGUGGAGAACUACUCUAAACCGAGCAUUGCCAACUUUGGGAGGUCGCUGUUCGGAGGAUACUGUCCUACGUACGUCCCAGACUUUGUUCUGCAUGGAGCCCCCAAUGAUGAGAAACUGAGGCAGAACCUGGUGUCGGAUCUGGCCCAUGCUGUGCAGCAUCCUGUGCUGGAUGAGCCCAUCGCGGAGGCCGUCUGCAUUAUCGCAGACACCGAUAAGUGGAGUGUGCAGGUGGCCAGCAGCCAGAGACGACCCUCCGACAAGCUGGGUAAAGAGGUGCUCGUGUCCAACCUCGUAUCCAACCUGCUCCAGUCCACCUACCAGCUCUACCGACUCAACCUGUCUCCAAACUUCUGUAUAAUGCAUCUGGAGGACCGGCUGCAGGAACUCUACUUCAAGAGCAAAAUGCUGGCCGAGUACUUGAAAGGACAGACCAGGGUGCAUGUGAAGGAGUUGGGCAUGGUUCUAGGGAUCGAGUCUAACGACCUGCCCCUGCUAGCGGCCACAGCGAGCACACACUCGCCGUACGUGGCCCAGAUUCUCCUGUAGGCCACAUGGAGAGCGAGAGAGACUCCAUUCCCCCGCCGGCAGAUGGGUUGGGUCCUCCAGGUUCGGUACGCCUGGACGGGGCCCCUCGAAGCCCUCUGAGACUCCUGGAGCAGGGAGGCCGUUGAGUUGGUGUUCAUUGGGAACAGUCUCCGGGUGAGCAGACUGCAGGACAGACGAUCAGCCACUAGAUGGCGGCCGAGCUGCAAUGAUCGAAACCCAGAGGUUCCCGAGAAGUGACCUGGGAAUAUCCCUUAUCCACAAUUGACACAUGGAGUAUAUUUUUUAAUUCCAUAAACCGCAUUUUGUUUUAUUUCUUGUUCCUUUACACAGUGUAAGAAUGUAGAAGCCAAAGAAGAUAUCCAAGCAGCCCUUGCAUACAUCAAGAACAAAUACUGAAGCUGUUCAUGGCACCUUCUUCAAAUCAGUGUAGGAAGCAAAGACUUGGUUAUAAAAUCAGUUUUAUGAUUUUAAAUGAAUAUAUCAUGGACUGUUCUCAAUCGAUUGUGGCAGUGAGUGAUCACGCAAUAUUCCUUUCUGUGUGUUUACAAGCAAGCUUACCCUGUCGUGUCCAGUUGAAAAUGAGCUCUACCUCAAACCUUCAGUAUCACACACACAUCUAACAUGCUAAAUUAAACAUUUGAGGUAAAGUUUUCAUUUUUGGUUUUCAGUCACCCAAUAAAGAUGAAACCAUGGCACGAUUUCCUAAGAAUGAGAUCUGAGAAUUACAUUUUUAAUUAUUUUUUUGGGAAGCGUCACUUUAGCCGUAACAGAAGUGUUUACCUGUCCCGUGGAAAUUAUUAAGAGAUUUAUUUCUAUUUGAAUAGUCCUUUAGACAGGACAUGCUGUGUGAUGCGUUUUAAGGAAUAAUUUGGUCAAGAGAAAUGCGAUGGUCACCAAUCACUACGUUGGGAUUUGUGCUGGACCCUUUUUUAACACUGAUCCAGGGACAUUCAACAAUCAUCUUUUGUUUUCAGGAUUGAAAUGCUGAAUCUUUUUCAUGUCUCUUCUUAGCUUGCAGACAGAUUGUUUACCGAUGGAAUAACAGAGAAAUGGAUGAAAAAUGAACAUGCAGUGAUUUAAUGCAAGCAUUCAAUCAGUUAAUGACUUGCAUAGAUGUUUAUGAUUGGUUGACUUGCUUUGUCUUUGGGUCAAACCAUACAUCUAAGUCUUAAAGGACAAAAAAAAAAAAAAAAAAAAAAAAAAGGCUUUGCGGGGGGUUCCAGAAAAACAGGCUUUGCGAGGUGUUACAGGUUAUUUUAGCUGUUUAAAACAUGUACGAGUUGCUUCAGUGGGAAACAUUUUGUAUUUUAAAAAAAAAUCUAUGUCCAUUUGUAUUCUCCAGAAUGUGUAUUUAUAUCUUAGCAUUUAAUUUAUUUACUUGGCAUGCAUUGCUAAAUGUUAGCUGUAUAUACUGCAUAGAGUUUCUUCGUGUAUUUGUACAUAAUGCCUCUCUUUUUGACCUUAUCUUUGUUUCCCAGUUUUUAUGGGAAUAUUGUGCAAUAAAUAUGCCAGCAUUACAAUUA